CACAAAUGUACACAAUUGUUUCAGUGUAAAUAUGUGUCAGUCUUGAUUUGAUACUCUUUUUUUUUGUUAUCAAAAAAAGAAUUGAAAGGAACGCAAAUAUAAUUUAUUCAUAAAUCCAAAAAUGGGUGUAUAAUUUCGUGUGUUGCACAUUUUUAAUUGACGGUGAGAUAAUUUCGAUUUUGAAAUUAGCGAGUGUGGCACAAUCGGAUUUAAAGAGAGAGUGAGAAAAAUGAGUGAUUUGCAAACGAGUGCGGGCGAAGAGAUUGAAAUAUACGAAGAGGCAGCUGGAACUGCGUAUGAAAGCAUGCUAAUUACGACCGAUUCCUUUGAAGAAUUUUCACAAGAGUUGAGUGCGAGCCUGGAAGAAGAUGGUUCGCCAGUGGCAGCCAAUAAAGUAAAGUCAAUCAUCAAUGAGAUUCAGGGAAAUGCGCCAGAUAACACAACAGCUGCAAGUGAUACAAAGGCUUCAUCAUCGAAUAUCAGUACGUUGAGUGAGUUUGGCAGUCAAGACUUGCUCGAUCAAAAUGCUGACGACAGUACUCUCUCCGGUGACUAUUUACAUGACCCCGAAUGGCUGAAUCAACGCGAACAUUUUUUUGUUUUAAGUUCAGCGGGCAAACCAAUCUACUCUUUGCACGGCAACGAAGACAAACUGGCUACUCUGUAUGGGGUUAUGCAAGCGUUGACGAGUGUUGUGCAAGCCAAUCAAGAUGUGAUCAUGAGCAUUCAUGCCAUUGGUAUAAAAUUUGUAUUCCUAAUGAAAGGUCCGCUCAUUUUAGUUGCUGCGUCACGACGAAAUCUAAGUGUACAACAAAUCCAAUUACAGUUAACCGAUGUCUAUAAUCAAAUACUUUCAACAUUAACACUGUCACACAUGACCAAAAUUUUCGAUCAACGAAAAAAUUUCGACCUUCGACGACUGUUAGCGGGCAGUGAACGUCUUAUCGAUCACCUUCUCACGAAUGACAGCCAAAAACGAGCGUGCAAUAAAAUUUCAAAUAAUCCAUUCAUAUUUUUGACACACUCCGUUCGAAUUUUGGCUCUGGCCUCGGCUGUGCGUGAGUCGAUUAUCACAGCGAUUCAACAAAAUUGCUCAAAAAUUAAGAAUUUAGUGUUUGCGGUACUGAUUGCUAACAAUAAACUAAUUGCACUAGUUAGAAUGAAAAAGUAUUUUAUUCAUCCGGCAGAUUUAAGGUUAAUUUUCAAUUUAGUCGAUUGCUCAGAGAGUUUUAAGUCGGCCGAAAGUUGGACACCAAUUUGUUUACCCAAAUUCGACUCUGAUGGUUUUCUGCAUGCGCACGUUUCAUAUUUAGCUGACGAUUGUCAAGCGUGUUUGCUUUUAUUAUCAGUGGAAAAAGACGUCUUCUUCACACUGUCAGAAGCGAAGCAAAAAAUUACCGAGAGAUUGCGGCGGAGUAAUGUACUGAAAGUAAUAAACGAUGCCAUGAAUAGCAAAGGGAUUAAUUUACGUACGAUUGGAAUACCUGAAAUUCGUCAUUUUUUAUACAAAUCCAAAUCGAAUGCUCAGCUCUUGUGCUCCGAAAUCACCGUACCGUACAAUACACCAGAGGAAUUCAAUCGAUUGGAAUCUCUUUACUAUGAUAUUCAUCAUCGCAUACACAAUAGCAAUCGGCCAACAAAAUUGAUUUAUCAACUACAUGAAAAGGAAAUUAUUUUAGCUUGGAUAACAACCGGUUACGAAUUGUACGCUGUGUUUGAACCAACUGUCGAUAGAAGUGUCGUUAUAACGCUGGUUAACAAAUUGUUGAGCUGGAUCAAAAAGGAGGAAGAGAUGUUAUUCAUUCUAAAUGCACCAACAUUCUGACCCAAGGACAAAAGUUCAUUUUUGAAAUUAUUCGGUGAUCAAGCCGAUUCGUCGAAUGGUUAAAACUGAAUCGGUUUCUAUGUAACAGAAGGAGAAUUCACUUGAUACUGUAAUUAUUCGAGAAAAAAAAAAUUGUAUAAAAUAUAGCCAAUGAAAGAGAAAAAAAGUCACAAAGCUGUUUGUAUUUAUUUAUGAAAUGUCUCUUUAUUAAAAAUCCAAUGCAAUAAAAUAUACAAAAAAACGG